AUGGUACCCUUGGGUAUUCAUGAAUUCCCUAUACUGGCCCAUACUGGCCUGUAUAUUUUUCUGAGCAUCACGAGUGAUUCUACAGGAAAAGCUUGUCUCCACCUCUUAAAACUUAAUGAAUCUGUAUCCUUGAGUGUCAUCUUAGAAUAUGAUGGAUCCAAUACCACUAUUUUUGACCAGUUUGUGGAGGAAGAUAACUUCUAUGCUUGCGCAGAUUUCAAGGUCUCUCAGAAGUCAUCUGAACAGUUGGCUUUUAUUACCUUGCUGGCUAAGGGAGAUACUCAUCAAAUCUCUGAGAGAAGAUCUGUAGCAGUCAUUUCAGAGGAGAAGGUAACCUUUAUACAGACAGAUAAACCCAUCUAUAAAUCGGGAGAGAGUGUUCAGUUUCGCAUUGUGACCCUGGAUACCAAGUUCAAGCCUGUUGAAGAGUUGUAUCCUUUAAUCACAGUUCAGGAUCCUCAAAACAAUCGGAUUUUUCAAUGGCAAAAUGUGACUUCUUUCCGAAAUAUUACCCAACUCUCGUUCCAAUUGAUUUCAGAACCAAUGUUUGGAGAUUACUGGAUUGUUGUGAAAAGAAACUCAGGGAAGACAGUGGCACACCAAUUUGCUGUUAAAAGAUAUGUGCUGCCCAAGUUUGAAGUUACGGUCAAUGCACCACAAACAGUAACUAUUUCAGAUGAUGAAUUCCAAGUGGAUGUAUGUGCUAAGUACACCUUUGGCCAACCUGUGCAAGGGAAAACCCAAAUCCAGGUGUGCAGAGAGUAUUUUUCUUCAAGCAAUUGUGAGAAAAAUGACAAUGAAAUAUGUGAGCAAUUUAUUGCACAGUUGGAAAAUGGCUGUGUUUCUCAAAUUGUAAAUACAAAAGUCUUCCAACUCUACCGUUCGGGAUUAUUCAUGACAUUUCAUGUUGCUGUAAUUGUUACAGAAUUUGGGACAGGUAAUGACUGUGUGCAGAUCAGUGAGAAGACCUCAGUUUUUAUCACUCAAUUGCUUGGAACUGUAAACUUUGAGAACAUGGAUACUUUCUAUAGAAGAGGGAUUUCUUAUUUUGGAACUCUUAAAUUUUCGGGUCCCAAUAAUGUACCUAUGGUGAACAAGUUGUUGCAACUGGAACUCAAUGAUGAAUUUAUAGGAAAUUACACUACAGAUGAGAAUGGCGAAGCUCAAUUUGCCAUUGACACUUCAGACAUAUUUGAUCCAGAGUUCAACCUAAAAGCCACAUAUGUUCGACGUAAGAGCUGCUAUCUUCCCAGCUGGUUGAUGCCUCAGUACUUGGAUGCUCACUUCUUAGUCUCACGCUUUUACUCCCGAACCAACAGCUUCCUGAAGAUUGUUCCUGAACCAGAGCAGCUUGCAUGUAAUCAACAGAAGGUUGUUACUGUGCAUUACUCCCUAAACAGUGAAGCAUAUGAGGAUGAUUCCAGUGUAAAGUUCUUCUAUUUGGUGAGUCUCAGUCAUGAUUCGGGAAACUUUCAGCAUGUUAUCUCUUCGUCUCCUAUUUACACAGCCUGGAAUGGAAACUUCUCAUUCCCAAUCAGCAUCAGUGCUGAUCUGGCUCCUGCAGCUGUCCUGUUUGUCUACACCCUUCACCCCAGUGGGGAAAUUGUGGCUGACAGUGUCAGAUUCCAGAUUGACAAGUGCUUUAAACACAAGGUUAACAUAAAGUUCUCUAAAGAGCAGGGCCUACCUGGCUCCAAUGCUAGUCUCUAUCUUCAAGCGGCCCCUGACUCAUUCUGUGCCCUCCGGGCUGUGGAUAGGAGCGUCCUUCUACUGAAGUCUGAACAACAGCUGUCAGCUGAAAGUGUGUAUAACAUGGUUCCAAGUAUAGAGCUGUAUGGUUAUUUCUACCGUGGCCUCAAUCUGGAUGAUGGCAAGGAAGACCUUUGCAUUCCUCAGAGGGAUAUGUUCUACAAUGGUUUAUAUUACACACCUGUAAGCAACUAUGGGGAUGGAGACAUCUAUAAUAUUGUCAGGAACAUGGGUCUAAAAGUCUUUACCAAUCUCCAUUACCGAAAACCAGAAGUAUGUGUGAUGGAGAGAAGGCUGCCACUCCCUAAGUCGCUUUAUCUAGAAACAGAAAAUUAUGGUCCGAUGCAUAGUGUUCCAUCUAGAAUUGCAUGUAGAGAGAAGAAUGCUGACUAUGUAGAACAGGCUAUAAUUCAAACAGUAAGAACAAACUUCCCAGAGACAUGGAUUUGGGACCUCGUCAGUGUCGAUUCCUCAGGCUCUGCCAAUCUUUCGUUCCUCAUUCCUGAUACGAUAACCCAAUGGGAGGCAAGUGGCUUUUGUGUGAAUGGCGACGUUGGAUUUGGUGUUUCCUCUACAACCACUCUAGAAGUCUCCCAACCUUUCUUUAUUGAAAUUGCCUCACCCUUUUCGGUUGUUCAAAAUGAACAAUUUGAUUUGAUUGUCAAUGUCUUCAACUACCUGAAUACAUGUGUGGAGAUUUCUGUUCAAGUGGAGGAGUCUCAGAAUUAUGCAGCAAAUAUUAAUACCUUGAAAAUCAAUGGCAGUGAGAUAAACCAAGCUGGAGGGAGGAAAACAAACGUCUGGACUAUUAUACCUAAGAAAUUGGGUAAAGUGAAUAUCACUGUAGUUGCUGAGUCCAAACAAAGCAGUGCUUGCCCAAAUGAAGGAAUGGAGCAGCAAAAGCUAAACUGGAAAGACACUGUGGUCAAAAGCUUCUUGGUAGAGCCUGAAGGUAUUGAAAAGGAAAGGACUCAGAGUUUCCUUAUCUGUACAGAAGGUGCCAAAGCCUCCAAGCAGGAAGUUUUGGACUUGCCAAACGAUGUAGUAGAAGGGUCAGCCAGAGGCUUUUUCACUGUUGUGGGGGAUAUUCUAGGACUUGCCAUGCAGAAUCUGGUUGUUCUCCAAAUGCCCUAUGGAAGUGGAGAGCAGAAUGCUGCCCUACUAGCAUCUGAUACUUACGUUCUUGACUAUCUGAAAUCUACUGAGCAACUGACAGAGGAAGUUCAAUCUAAGGCUUCCUUUCUCUUAUCUAAUGGUUAUCAAAGGCAGUUAUCUUUCAAAAACUCUGAUGGUUCAUAUAGUGUGUUUUGGCAGCAGAAUCAGAAAGGAAGCAUAUGGCUCAGUGCUCUUACUUUUAAGACAUUGGAGAGAAUGAAAAAGUAUGUCUUCAUUGAUGAAAAUGUUCAAAAACAGACCUUAAUCUGGCUUUCAAGCCAACAGAAAACAAGCGGCUGCUUUAAGAAUGAUGGCCAGCUUUUCAACCAUGCCUGGGAGGGUGGAGAUGAAGAGGACAUUUCACUCACUGCAUAUGUUGUUGGGAUGUUCUUUGAAGCUGGGCUCAAUUUCACUUUUCCUGCUCUACGAAACGCACUCUUUUGCCUUGAAGCGGCAUUGGACAGUGGUGUCACUAAUGGCUACGAUCAUGCAAUUCUAACUUACGCUUUUGCCUUAGCUGGAAAAGAGAAGCAAGUGGAAUCUUUACUCCAAACCCUGGAUCAAUCUGCCACAAAACUAAAUAAUGUCAUCUACUGGGAAAGAGAAAGGAAACCCAAGACAGAAGAAUUUCCAUCCUUUAUUCCCUGGGAAACUUCUGCCCAGACUGAGAAGACUUGCUAUGUGCUAUUGGCUGUCAUUUCCCGGAAAAUUCCUGACCUCACCUAUGCUAGUAAGAUUGUGCAGUGGCUUGCCCAACAGAUGAAUUCCCAUGGAGGCUUUUCUUCCACUCAGGUGAUUAAUGUAGGCCUGAUAUUAAUAGCAAUAUGUUUAAUGAAGUUAACCUUCUCUAAGAAUCAAAACACUGUCACCUUUAGCAGUGAAGGAUCCAGUGAGAUUUUCCAGGUUAACAGUGAUAACCGCCUACUGGUCCAACGUUCAGAACUAACAAAGGCACCUGGACAAUACACAGUAGAUGUGGAAGGACACGGUUGUACAUUUAUCCAGGCCACUCUUAAGUACAAUGUUCUCCUACCUAAGAAGGCAUCUGGAUUUUCUCUUUCCUUGGAAAUAGUAAAGAACUACUCUUCGACUGUUUUUGACCUCACAGUGACCCUCAAAUAUACGGGAAUUCACAAUAAAUCCAAUAUGGUGGUUAUAGAUGUAAAAAUGCUAUCAGGAUUUACUCCAGCCAUGUCAUCCAUUGAAGAGGUAAAUAAUAGAAGCCUAAUCUUUCAGCACAAAGACAGCUACAUAGAGUAUAAAGAUAAAACAAAUACUUGUUUAGCCAUUGUUCAGCAAAACAAAACUAUAAAAUUCUUCUUCAACAUUCACGUUUUUGGUACCGCAGACAGUUUCACUUUUUCUGUUGAGCAGAGCAACCUUGUGUUCAACAUUCAGCCCGCCCCAGUCAUGGUCUAUGAUUAUUACGAAAAAGAAGAAUAUGCCCUUGCUUUUUACAAUAUCGACAGUAGUUCAGUUUCUGAGUGA